CGAUCAAUAAUCAAACAAGAUGGUGUACCGCGUAGCUGGUCCCUCUGAGGUGCUUGCCAUCACAGGAUCUUUCUUCACAGAUCCGGACAUAGUACUUGCUAAGAAGAAGUGGAUAUGGCCUGGCCAAAAGUGGGUCAAAGUCGACUUAACUCCGGUGAACUACACCUUCCGAGUCCAAGCCAUGAGCGCCGAGAAGCUCCCCUUCAUCCUCCCGGCGGUCUUCAUCAUCGGCCCCAAAGUGGACUGUAAUGAGAGCAUGAUAAGGUAUGCCAGAUUGCCAGGCUCAUGUCAACCCAUGACGUACAAGCGCUCCGCCCAUGUCACAGAGCUCGUCCAGGGUGUCAUCGAGGGUGAGACUCGCGUCCUCGCCGCCUCCAUGACCAUGGAAGAGAUCUUCCGCGGCACCAAAUCAUUCAAGCAAGAGGUUUUUGAUAAAGUUCAGCUCGAACUCGAUCAGUUUGGCCUUCGCAUCUAUAAUGCCAAUGUCAAACAACUCGUUGACGUCCCAGGCCACGAGUACUUCUCCUACCUAGGCCAGAAAACCCAGAUGGAGGCUGCCAAUCAAGCCAAGAUUGAUGUAGAGGAGGCGACGAAGAAGGGUGAGAUUGGUGCAAAGGAACGACGAGGGCUGACAACACAGAACGCGGCUAAGAUUGACGCUGAGAUGAAGAUUAUAUCCACACAGAGGGAAGGAGAGGGUAAGAAGGGUGAGGAGUGA